UGGCCCAGCAACUCCCGCCUCUGCCUCUCGCGAACAUCUUCGGGGGGCUCCGCGAACCCCCCUUCCCCCCCCCCCGUGUCACCGCUUACCCCCUACGGGGAUCAGCGGCGGGGACCCCGGAUUGAAGGGGACCCCCCAUUCCCCCAGGAGUUUAUGGGGACCAGGCUUCGCGUUCGUUUUCUUCCCUCAGGGCAGAGUGGGGCGCAGACGGGGACCGAGGGGGCAGUUUGGCGACAACCAGGGUCGUCGUCACAUCACGGUGUCCAAAAUCCCAACCAGUUUCACCAGGACCUCAAGGACCACAAGACACAUCGCAUCCCGUCUGCCAGGGGAACCUCCAGUAACCGACAUCUUCCCAGCGGCGAGCGAGCGAGGCAAGACCCUGACGCUCGUCGGCUUGUCCCGCCAGCGCCGCACAAGCACCAACACGGGGACAGUCUGCAGAAACCGGUGGAGAACCGUGACCGCCGGUACAAGGAAGGUCUGCGUGAGCUAGUGCAUUACAAGGACGGGCACAAGGAGAGUCUACAGAAACCAGAAUACAAUAAGGACAGGUAUAAAGAAAGUGCUUACAGGCCAACGGAUGACAAGGAGCGACACAAGGAAAGUGUGUAUAAGCCAGUGUAUAACAAGGACAGGCAUAAGGAGAGUGUGCACAUGGCAAUACAGAAUAAGGAGAGUGUCCCGAAACCAGUGUAUGAUAAGAACCAGAAUAAGGAAAUGCUGUACAAGCCAGUAUAUCAUAAGGACCGGUACAAGAGGAAUAUGGACAGAUCGGUAUAUCAUAAGGACCGGUAUAAGGAAAGUGUAGACAAGCCAGUACAUCAUAAAGAAAUUCUGUAUAAGCCGGUACAUCAUAAAGACGUGAAUAAAGAAAGUCUGUACAAGCCAGUACACCAGCUAGUGCAUAACAGGGACCGGUCUACAGACAGCCCCGUUGACAAAACUCAGAGGGCAGCCAAGGAAAGGGGCGACAGCCCGAAUCACACGACCGUGCAGAGGCAAGAAAGGCCGAGUUUGCAAAAACCGAGUUUUGAGAAGUGGGACCCGUUCCGACCGAGACGGACGAGGCAAGUGCAUCCCGACGGCAGCCACAGCUGCAGUGUGGUCACACCGGGGUCUGGAGCGAAGGGGCCUCAUCGAGGGGUCAAGGGGACCCGCGGGACAGAGGGGGUCCGCGGGGCAAAGGAGCCGGCAGGGUGCGCCCUGUCGAAACGGUCACAGGAGGAGUACGCGUGGCUCACGGAGCGAUUGGGCGAGCAGGGAAAGAAAUGCCGGGCAUAUUCGGGGCGUUGCUCGCAGGUUGAGCACAGCACUGAAGCUGCCAGGUUUGAGGAGAUGGCUGAACAAGCAACGCGGCUGCAGGUGCUACUGGAGAUGGCGCAGAGGCAGGGGGCACCGCCCCCCACACACACCCUCACGCGCGAGACUCUGCACGUGCCCAGGGUCAACCCUGACCUGGCUGCUGGUGACCUCUUGGUGACCGUGUUCCGGGGUCACGACCUUUGCCCCCCCUCCACUCCAGGUGUGGCGAAGCAUGGACUGCACGCAUUCGUAAAAAUCGAGGUGCCCCUGCCAUGCCCGAAGGCGUCCCAGAGGGAGAAGACGGGCACGCAGAGCGGCACGUGCCCAGAGUUCAACGAGAGCUUCAAGUUCACUCUGCAGCGUGGGUCUCUUGGGUUCCUCAACGCUGUGCGCCAAGGAGACAUCUCCUUCCUGCUACUCCACAAGGGCCCACUGGGAAGUGAGUGGGCUCUGGGGGAAGCUGUGCUGGGGCUUCGCGCUCUGCUCGGUCGCUGUGAGGUGACGGCGACCUUACCGCUCCGAAGGUCGGGCCGGGAGGGGGAGGGGUCGCGGGGGGCGGCGGGCUCCGUGGACGUGCGGGUGCGCGCGCGUUCACCCCUGGGGGGCGGCUGGGACCUGGAGGAGGUGGAGGAGGAGUGGCUGCAGCUGAACCCCGUGCACACGCAUGUGAUACUGUCCGGCAGGGGCGUGGAAAUUGAUCCCAGCAGCCUGGACGUGGCGAGCGUGGAGGUGCUCGCUCUGGAGCGGAAGCUGCUCGAAAGUCAGCUGGCGGUGUACCUGGAGAUGGGGCGCACGCCCUCGCCGGCGCUGGCGCAGCGCUUCAUGCUGCUGGGCCGGCAGGAGGAGUGGCUGAGGAGUCAGCUGGAGGCCGGCGACGACACGACGGUGCACGACUACGUGGCGUGGCUGAUGGUGCUGGCCCGUCGCUACUGCGAGGAGGUGCGCCGGAGGAGACGUCUCGGGGUCGACGAGGAGGAGGGUGCUCGCCUCGCCGCUGCAAAGCACCGUGCCGUCCUCGCAGAGAUCUCUCUCUACAAGCGGUGAACGUCGCCGAUCAUGAUGGUAUCGUCGUGACGAUGGGUGGCAUCACUAUGACGACGGCUGGGAUCGCCGUGGUGACGGGGAUCGGCGUGACAACGGGGAGAUCGCCGUGACGACAGGGAUCGCCGUGGUGAAGGAGAUCGGCGUGACAACGGGGAGAUCGCCGUGACGACGGGGAUCGUCGUGGUGACGGGGAUCGCCGUGACGACGGGGAGAUCGCCGUGACGACGGGGUGAUCGCCGUGACGACGGGGAGAUCGCCGUGACGACGGGGAUCGCCGUGACGACGGGGUGAAGUGUGUCCCUACGAAUACCAGUUCCCUCUUUCCCGGCGGCACUGAGAAUGGUGGAGUCUUUUUAGCCGCGGCAGAAAAAAAUUUGUAAAUAGUUUAUGGUCCUGUGGAACUGUGGUCAUUUAUAUUUUGUUGAUACUUAGAGCAAACAGUGUCAAUAACGAAUUAAAUAAUGGUUGGAUUUUUUUGUACAAAAUGUAAAUAUUUAAGGCACAGUGCUGGUGUAAAUUAUGAAUGUUUAUUUAUUGUUGGGAGCAAGGUCAUUGCACAGGGACACGCGCGCCCACGCAUGCAGACGAGAAUCACCUGCGUGUGCACGCACACAAAGACAAAGAUCCCCCGUGUAGCCUUAACAGACCGUUGGGACAAGUGCUGUUAGCGAGCGCCUAAUAAAGGGCUGGCACGGCACACGAGGGGUUGGGUGGCCAGCACCACGCCCGGCCACCUUUGUCACCCUAGUGACAAUGUUUUAAACACAGCACCAGGUAUUAUUCAUUUGAGGCCGAGUCACCCUAGGGGAGCCCCAGGCCCGGUUGAGAUAAUCGUCACUGGUAGAGGCCGUGAGCGGGAAUCUAUCUCGUGUCGCCGGGGUUUGGAGCGCAACACUCGCCGCACGCGCACGCACGCACGCAACCAUACGCGUGCAUACGUGAGUAAGCAGGCAAAUGCGUACAGAUGUGCCCACACACACACACAAGUUACGUUUAUUUGUUUAACCAGGGUGAGACUCAUUUGCAAGAGUGACCUGGGCGUACACACUCGGAUACACAAUUGCACACCCAUAAAUGUGCACGCACUCGCCCAUAUAUGCUUGUCACUCAAGUGACGGUGAUGCCAAGAAGCUAUUUUUCGUGCCAAGCUCGGUGCACGGGUGAGGACACGUGAAGUGUCGAAGGGCCUCGCUCGGUGUGGUAGGAGGUCACGGCACAGGCCAAGAAGGUAAAUUUUCCGAGAUUAUCUAACUAAACACAUUCCUGCGGAGGGAGCUGGUAGGAACGUUGGGUUGCUCGGUCAAUGGCCAGGGUCAACGGCGGCGUGGUGUAUUCCGCAAAUAUGCCCGACUGUGAGGGCGGGCACAAGCCGGCGUGAGUAGGUUAAACGUUGAGUUUUAUAAGGGCACCACGGGGUGACCAGCCCCUCCCCACCCA